AAGCUAUGUUAUGGAGCAACGAUAUCAUACUUAUGUACACACACUCGGGCGGGAGAGGGACGAUGAACGAUUCAUCCCUUCCAUCGAUUCCCAGCAGGCCAACCGUCGUUUGAAAGAGUGAUCCACGACACGUAUCCAUCGAUUACUGACUGCUUCGUGCUUCGGGUCUGUGGAUUCGCCUUGGCAUUCCGCAUACCCCCGCGGCACGUGGAACCGCAGCUCGCCUCUUUAUUUUGAAUCCCCCCAUCUCUGGCACUCUGCCAGAGGAUAUUACCCCGCGAUAGAAACACCAAAAGGCCUCUGCGGCUCCACACCGAGCUCGCGUGUGUCAUUCCCACGUCGAAACCCGCUCGCAUGUGAUGGGAUGCAGGGCUCCUCGACCCAGCGUCACCGUCGUCUCUCGACGACUCCUUCGUCUCGGCGCCGGAAGUCCGUAACCUACUCCUAUCAACCUCUUCCCUACAAGAGACAAUGGAGACACAGGCCCGCCAUCCGGAGACGCCCCCCUCGAACAAAGGAGAAGUCGUCUGUGGACGGGGAAAGCCUAUCGGAAUGGAGUGGGAGCGUGGAGCUUCGCCUCUUCCCUUCGUGGAGUCACGAAGCUCGACCCGGCGAUCACCUCUGGACCUCCCUCUCCGGGUCCAGCUCCGAACUCUGUUAUCUCAAGGAGACCGAAUGCACUAGACAGGGUGCUCGGCUGAGAUGUGCGGCGUGCCGAAUCGUCGUUCACGAAUCCUGUGUCCCGCAUCUCUUGCAAAAACUCCAGCUGGAGUGCAAGCCCACGUUCUGCGACGGUGGAAUCCGCAAAUACAGGGAACAGACCGUGACACGACACCAUUUCGUAAACAGAAGCAGGCAGAAGGGGAAAUGCAAGACCUGCGGCAAGGUCAGAGUCGAAAGAUCCGUCUCCUUUUUUUUUUUAAAUACUUUUUAAAGGGCUUAAAAAGAAAAAUCACGUGAUCUGUAUGUCAAUAGAGUGAAUACACCAACUACAUAAUUUAUACGGUAGGAAAAAGUUUUUAAAGAAUUCACCAGCAAUCCAGAUUCAUCGAGUACUACGAAGCCAAUGUGUACUGUCUGAUGAUCUUGCCAUUUGCAUAUAGUUCAUUCUUAAAUGUCAUGACAUUUUCAAUUUAUUGUGUUGCAAGUGUUCUUCAUGACACGCUGCUGUGCCGGUGAUGUCAGAUGAAACCUCUGAUUCUCAACACUUCUCCCGACAUUCGAUACCGAAUUGAUAUCUCAGGUUUCGCCCCCCCCCCUCCCCCCUUUAUUGCUUGAUUGAUUUUUUGUCUGCAGACGGUAGCAGCGAAGUUAGGAUUCGGUUCCCGAGAGGCGAUGUCCGUGUCAUGCUCUUGGUGCAAAUCCGCCUAUCACGCCAAAGCCUCGUGUUUCACGCCGGAGCUCCAAAACGAGCCCUGUUCCCUCGGUCAGUUUCUCGCGCCGAAAUCGUAAUCAUAAGGUACGGUAUCUAUCUAUCUAUAUGCAAGACCAGAAUCUCGAAAUAAUAUUUCAUGCGGGAGAGAUGAGGGUUGUCAUGGAUUUGACCCGAGAGGGUCAGAGAUCCGUUCCCUCGAUACAUAUAGACUCCUAUAUCUGACACACACGUCUCCAGUGGAAGAGAUUCACGGCUGGGUUCCUCCCAAUAUAUUACCCGUGCACCCUUUCAUCUGGGGGGUAAUUAUCCCGCGGACCUCAUGAUUCCCCUUAUCUGGGAUUCUGCCCCCUGGACUUUUGAUAGGAAUCAACGCGAGCCCCGCACGAGAUGUGGAAAUCUAUCAAACCCUCAUCGUCCGGGUGGAGAGCGGCUCCAGCUUCGCUCCGUCUUCGCUCUGUCCUGGUUUCUCGUGCGAGGUGGUUUCCGUCUCGGGUCUCUGAGCGCCGAGAAAGACAGAUGUUCAUCCAUAUUCAUAAACACUAAUUUUCUCGAGGGGGAAUCCGCCGUGUCGACCCCUUCUUUCUUGGUUUCUUCACGAUUUCCCUCUUGUCUUUGAUGGAUGUCUGAUCCGCGCCCGAGCAGGGCAGCACGGGGGUUGCCGGAUAUCGUCUGCUUAGUUCGGGCAGUGGGUGGCCCCUUGUUCUCAUCGUCCCCACACCCAGUGCGAAGAAGGAUGCGACCCAGUCGCUUCCGAGAAUUCCUUUUACAUUGGGUUGCGGUGAAGAGUUCCACGUGGAUGAAACGCAUGGUCGUCGAUCGACGCAAGCGAUUUCGCUCCGCAAAACCGGAGCCGGAGCUAUUUUCACUUCCGCCUCACGAACUCGAGAAUUUCAUCGCGUAAGCCUUCGAUUCGAGGAAAGAGGCUCGAGGCGCAGAUAGAGACAGAUCAGCUGUUGAUGUGGCGGUUGAUUCAUGGCACUGCCCCAUGACUCCUAUGACCUCAACGUACUCCCAGUAUGGCGAGAAUAGAUGGCGCAGUAACGAGCAGCAGGCAGGCGACGGCCAUUUCCUGCAUCUGGCGAGUUUGGUUUGAGAUGACGGUGCACUCUGCAUAAUGGGACUUGAAAAUUAAAUUGUGUGCUACCAAAAUAUAUGGAAACGAAAGGGUUAAUCAGCGUGAAACUGUGGACGAAGUGUUUAGUCUCUCUUGAGAGGUACGUACUGAAAGGUCGAGUGAAAGUUUCCCCGAGAAAUCUAGUCCCUAUUCUCAUCUCGUUUGUGAAGAAAAGCAAGUGGCUGAUGGUUUGGAACCUCACGAAUAGGUAUCCAUGGGAACCUGAUCGUUCCGCCUUCUUGGAUUCUCAAAGUGCCACGGAAAGGGUCGUUUAAGUCAUCCAUAAAGAAAACUUCCACCGAGCACAAGAGGGAAGAUUCUAGAGAUCAAUUUCAGGCCGUUUGUGACGAAUUGGCAAGUUCUGGAUCGGGCUCGUCGGGAGCUGGAUCGACGGAAGACAAGGCUUUUGCCCUCAAGCCUAUUCCCGGCUCCAGUGUUUCCCCCCUGUUGGUUUUCAUAAACCCCAAGUCCGGUGGGAAUCAGGGCCUGAAACUCCUUCAGAAAUUCCAAUGGCUUCUCAACCCGAGGCAGGUCUUCGAUCUCACUCAAGGAGGACCAGAAUUCGGGUUGAAGCUGUACCAGAAGGUGGAGAGACUGCAGUUGCUGGCAUGUGGAGGAGAUGGGACGGUGGGCUGGAUCUUGUCCACGUUGGACCAGUUGGAGUUCUCACCGCAACCCGCCCUUGCUGUCAUUCCUUUGGGCACUGGGAACGACCUGGCCAGGGCCCUCGGAUGGGGAGGCGGCUACGAGGACGAGCCGGUGUCGAAGUUGCUUCUUCACGUGAACGCGGGAGAGCCGGUGUCCUUGGAUCGAUGGUGCUUAGAUGUGGAACCCAACACGUCGCCAUCCCUUCCUUCAAAGCUGAGUGCGGAGUCGACCGAAGGCGAAGACGUCCCCGGAGAACCUGCGCCACCUCUCAAGGUCUUCAACAACUACUUCUCCUUGGGAGUUGAUGCUCAAAUCGCCCUCGAAUUCCACGAGGCCAGAGAAGCGAAUCCCGAGAAGUUCAGCUCCCGUCUCCGGAACAAAAUGUUCUAUGGUCAAGUAGGGGGAAAGGAUCUCCUGCAGAGGAAAUGGAAAAAUCUAUCUGACAUGAUUUCUGUGGAACUGGAUGGCAAGGACAUGACUGCUAGGCUCAAAGAAAUCAAAUGCCAUGCUUUGGUUUUCCUCAACAUUUCCAGUUAUGCGGGUGGUACAAGGCCCUGGAACUCUGCAUCAGGAAAGCAGACAUUGGAUGAUGGGUAUCUGGAAGUCCUUGGACUCACCACUUACCAACUGCCCCUGCUUCAGGCUGGAGGUCAUGGGACAUGCAUAGCCCAGUGCAAGAGAGCCAGAAUUGUGACUCAUAAAACCAUCCCUAUGCAAGUGGACGGAGAGGCAUGCCGAGUCAGUCCUGUUGUCAUCACCAUCCAGAGGAGGAACCAAGCCAAACUCAUUGCCAAGAGAAGAUCCAGCCAGGAGCAGCUCUAUGUGCCAAGUGAGAUGAUAAGGGCAAAGCAGAUGAAGAUUGGAGUCAAGUGCCUUCUCAUGCAGGAUUAUGAACUCCAUCAGUUGGAUCCUGACAAACUGCGUUCCAUCGCUGAGUACAUGGGAGACAUCAGCGUGAAGUCUAACUGUGCCCUGAAGACUGCUCGUCCGCUUGUGUCCAAUCUGUUGUGGACUUCAUCUGAUUGGUGUUUUCUUGACUCUUGCACAGCAGAGCACUUCUUCCGCAUUGAAUCCAAGCAUGAGGGUCUUCACUACAUGACAGACAUCAUCUCAGAUGCCAUAUAUGUUCUAGACAGCAGGCCUCCUGAUGCAGAGGGUGAACUCAAGAAAUCUAGUACAUCUGGAAAGGAAGAAGAUGAGUUGUCAAACGAGGCACGACGGGACAGUGUCUUGAGUGCAGGAGAGGUGGAGGAAGUGAGGAGACGAAUGGAUGGGAGAAAGGCAGAAGAAGCAGAAGAGACAGAAAGUGGAAUAGAUGCAGAAGAUGAUGAUGAAGAGGAGACAUCUGGAUCAGAUGCAGCUGAUGUGGCCCAUGCCCAGCAGAUAACCCUCAAGGCAACUCUUGGAAACAUCUAUCAGCAGCUGUUUGGUGCCAGCAUAGUUCCUGUCAGUCAUCUACUGGACAAGCCAUCACAAGAUAUGAUUGAUGCAGCCACUGCAGGAGACAUUGCCAAGGUAUCAUAA